AUGGGGCUCAGCGAUGCAGAGUGGCAGUUGGUGCUGAACGUCUGGGGGAAGGUGGAGGCUGACGUCCCGGGCCAUGGGCAGGAGGUCCUCAUCAGGCUCUUCACGGGCCACCCCGAGACCCUGGAGAAGUUCGACAAGUUCAAGCACCUGAAGACAGAGGCGGAGAUGAAGGCCUCCGAGGACCUGAAGAAGCACGGCAACACCGUGCUCACCGCCCUGGGGGGCAUCCUCAAGAAGAAGGGGCAUCACGAGGCGGAGCUGAAGCCCCUGGCCCACUCGCACGCCACCAAGCACAAGAUCCCCAUCAAGUACCUGGAGUUCAUCUCAGACGCCAUCAUCCACGUUCUGCAGAGCAAGCACCCUGGGGACUUUGGUGCUGACGCCCAGGGAGCCAUGAAGAAGGCCCUGGAGCUGUUCCGGAACGACAUCGCGGCCCAGUACAAGGAGCUGGGAUUCCAGGGCUAAGCCCCCCACAGCCUCCACCCCCACCCACCUGGGCCCGGGACGCGGGGGAGGCUGGGGACUGAAUCUUGU